GCGCUGGAGAUCCCUGGGUCGGAGUGGGCUGAGACGGCGCCGCGCUGCCUUUCAGUGUUGGAUGGGCGCGAGGAAAAAAACCCUUAGUCUCCACAUCAGAUCGCCACGAAUCUUCCUCCCCGAGGGAGAAGCCCAUGGCUGGGACCACCACCCACGUUGCCCCCAUGCUGUUCCUCGCCCUCCUGGUGCUCCUGGAGCUGAGCCUGGCAGGCUCCCUGGGACCUGGAACCCCUGCUCGGAACGUCCCUGAGAAUCACAUCAACCUCCCGGGCCCAGCACUGUGGACGCCUCAGGCCAGCCACCACCCCCGGCGGGGCCUGGGCAAGAAGGAGCGGGGCUCCGGGAUGCCUGGCCGGGCCCAGGAGGGGGCUGUGGUCACCUCCACAAGGCAGGCCUCCAGGCUGCCAGGGGCAGGGGCCCUGCUCCCUGGGAAGAGUCCUGCAGGCCUGCUGCAGGACAAGAAUCUGCUCUUGGGGCUGGCACUGCCUUACCCUGAGAAGGAGAACCGGUCUCCAGGGUCAGAGAGAGUGAAGAAACGUGGCAGAGAGCACAAGAGACGCAGGGAGAGGUUGAAACUGCACAGAGGCCAAGGCUUGGUCCGAGGUCCCAGCUCCCUGAGGAAGAAGGUGGAGCUCUCCGAAGACCAGGUCCUGGAUGCCGUGAUGGAGGACUCCUCCACAAGCCUGGCCCCCACCAUCCUCUACCUCACCACCUUUGAGGCAGCACCUGCCACGAAAGAAUCCCCGAUCCUGCCUGUCACGUCUCUGUGGCCCCAGGCGCAGCCGAGGCCUGACGGGGAGGUGAUGCCCACGCUGGACAUGGCCUUAUUUGACUGGACUGAUUAUGAAGACUUAAAACCUGACGUCUGGCCCUCUGCGAAAAAGAAAGAGAAAAGCCGGGGUAAACUCUCUGGUGAUGGUAACGAAACAUCACCAGCUGAAGGGGAACCAUGUGACCAUCACCAAGACUGCCUACCAGGGACCUGCUGCGACCUGCGGGAGCAUCUCUGCACACCCCAUAACCGGGGCCUCAACAACAAAUGCUUCGACGAUUGCAUGUGUGUGGAAGGGCUGCGCUGCUAUGCCAAGUUCCACCGGAACCGCAGGGUCACACGGAGGAAGGGGCGCUGCGUGGAGCCCGAGACGGCCAACGGCGACCAGGGAUCCUUCAUCAAUGUCUAGCUGCCCCACGCAAGGCGCCUCCCCACCGGCCUGGGGACUGAGGGCGGAAGGUUUGCAGAAGUGGGCAAUUUGUUUAUAACUAGCAGUGGGAGAGCACAUGGGAGACCAGAUGACAGGCUGCAAGCUUCGGCCCAGGACACUCCCCCCGGGAAGGGAGCUCUGGGAAACUGCCUGCCCAGGAGCGGAGCAGCAGGACACCUGCACCCACCGCCCCUCCCCUGGGGAACCCACACUAGCGGCGCAUCCCUGCGCGGGGGUUCUCAGCCAUGGAAAUGGCGAGAGUGCCCUCUACUGUCCUACCGCAGCACUGCACCAGCUUCAAGUUGAAAAAAGAAGAGGGUGUUGAGCGGAAAAGAAAUGGCAACUCCCUGAGAGAUAGGGAACCCAAGGGCGGGAGAUGAACACGGAACACCUCUUAUGUACCAGGCACUGUGCGAAACUCGUGGCAUCCGUUACCCCACUUAGUUAUCACAACCUAAAGUAAACAUUAUCACCAUUUACAGGUGAGGAAACUGAGGCACAGCUGAGUCGUAUGACUUAUAUAGGGUCUCAUCUCCGUGCUCCUCAAACCUUAACCUGUGUACGAAUCCCCUGCGGUCUGGUGAAAAUGCAGAUUCUGACUCAGUUGAUUCUGCCUUUCUAACAAACCCACCGCCUCUCUGUGCUGCUGGUCCUGGGACCCCACUGAGAGCACCCAAGCCCCAGGGAGUAAACGUGGAUCCGGGUUACGAACCUGGGCCGAGGUUGUGGGCCUCCACAGGCCACGUUCUUGCUCCUCCACAGCUAGGGACUUAUCCCAGCUUCUCCAUGGUAGUUCCUUUUGCUAGAGUAAAGCUGCAAUAACUGAGUGCUCUUUUCCUUCCCUGGACAAAGGUGUACCAUCUUCAAAACAAAACCAAACCUGCAGGAAGCACCUGCUUGCUUGUAAGGCACGAGAGGAACGGAUGGGCCUGCCUGGGAACUGGCAUUCUGAACUAUGAUGGGUUCCAUAGAUCCCUACGGCCUCGCUCACCCGGUCCUGGGCCAUAUACUUUGGAGUUGUCCUGACAGCUUCCACCUCAGGGGUUCUUUACCUUUUGUACUUAAUGCCCUUUGAGAAUCUAUCGCACACAUGGACUGAAGAAACCCACACAUUUGCCCAUGGGCACCCACAUUGUUUCAUCUUGAGGUUCCCAGGCCUCGCAGAAGACCAUGUCAGGAACCCCAUCCCAUACUUCUGCAGCAGAGCCCACUGAGGAGUUGGGGUGCUGCGGAAGUCAAGGUGCCACCUGGAGCUAACUGCCCCCCCCCCCGGCCAGACCCAUGAUGCCCACCCAGACCGUCUCUCCCAACAGAGCUGGUUCUAGAGUCUAGAGGUCACCUCCGGAGUGCCACUUGAAUUCCCCCCUGGCAUCUGGUCCAGGGCAAACCAGGUUGCAAAUGACAAGCCUUCCCCAUCCAAAUCCCUUGCAGCCUGGACACCUGCCUGAGGGAGGGACCACGCCCACGGAUGCCAGAGCUGUUUACUCCCUUGGGAGACAUCAGUCGAGGUCAGGGGUCUGGCACCAAGGAAAGCAGACAGAUCUAGGAGAAACCAAAUAUGCUUGCCCAUUUCUCCUAUUCAAGUUCAAUGGGCCUGGGAAUAUCGGGAGGUGGGGCAGGGGGACUGAAAGAGAUCAAAGCCGGCUCUUUGGAAAUCAAAUCCGCCGGCAGUUUUGUCUAUUUGAGAGCAGACAACGCCCGCGCUGUGUGUGCCUCACAGGGGUGGCUGAUUGAGACUGAUGGAGCCCUCGGGGUGUGGCUGCAGGCAGGAAACCCAGCACGGUUUAGGUCUGGGGGGGCAGCAGUUAGACAACCCCGGACAUCAGCAAUGGAAAACAGAAGGUCAGGACAAAGCUAAGAGGACCCACAGAACUGUCACUGCCCACCAGAGUAUUCCACGGUUGGAAAUUCAGGGCCUAUUUGCACUAGCUACCUCCAUUUGGCAUUUGCAAUGGGGGCUGGGAGUGGAAUCCUCUUAACUCCAGAGUUAGGGACCUCCAACCCCCCUCAGUGUUUAGGUUUUUCCUUAGGUCUAUCUUAAAUUUCUUCUGCUAGUACAGAAGCCAAUUUCCUCUAAUCCAGGGUUUGCCCAACUUUACCAUGGGGGCGCCAGAGAAAUAUUUUAGGCUGUGUUCCAAUAAAACUAUUUAUGGACAGUGAGAUUUGAACUUCAUAUAAUUUUCACAUGUCACCAAUUCUUACUUGGCUCUUGAGUUUCUAAAACACAUUAAAGAAUGUAAAAACCUCUCUUAACUUGUAGACUAGACAAAAAUAGGCAGGGGGUUGGAUUUGGCUCACAGGUUGCCGUUUGCAGAUAGAUGCCUGUUCUAAUCUGCUAAUCUCAACCUUGGCUGCACAUUAGAAUAAGCUGAGGAAUAUUUAAAGGCCCUGAUGCCCACCUGCAAAGAUUCUGUUUAAUUGGACCAGGUUGUGUCUGGGUUUCAUGUGUUUUCAAAGCUCUUCAGGUGACCCUAAUGUGCACCUGGGUCUGAGGGCUGCUCUCGUCCCACCGACUGUGGGAAUGCACCUGGUGACAAAAGGCCUGCUCCACCUCUCACCAUCUUUAUGACCUUAGAAAAGUUCCUUGAGGUCUCUGUGCCUUGAUUUCUUCAUCUGUAAAAUGGGGAUAAUAACUCUUCCUUCAUAGAGGUGUUGUGGGAAGUAAUCACGAAAAACCUUUUUAUAUGCUUCAAACAGUGCCCGGCACAUAAUAAGCCCCCAGUGUUAGCUAAUUUAUUUUCGAGGAUAAUUUUGGUAGGUGUCCUGUUCUUUGACAAUGAUCCAUUGCAUAUUCAAAGAUUCAUUUCUAAGUCACCGUUCAGGCUUCUUGCCCAAACUGUUACCCCUGGAACACUGGGGCCACGAGAUGCUCCAUUAGAAAGUAAGUGUGGAUCAAAGAGGUUUGGAAAACUGCUCUGGACUCAGCCUGAGGCAGCAUGCACAGAUUCCGGGCACUGAGGCAGAGCUGGAUGUGUGGGUGGCUUUGUGAUAACAGGUUCAUGAGUUUUUAAAAAUAUAUCCUGGGGAGGGGGAGCUGAGCAGGGGGCCAAGUGGAAACCAAUAGCUGCGGGACAGUCACCUGUGGCCUCCUGCAUUCCUCCUGUGGAGCCUUGCAGCCAUUCCCCAGAGAUACUCACCGUUCCCACGAGGCUGCCUUUCUGUGAUUUGUCUGGCAUCGCCAAGAGUGGUUCCCAAGCCUACUGGGAGUGUGCCGAGGGUCAGAGGACAUGAGGGCCAAGUCUCAUGGGAACGUGACAGCUUCACUGGCCCUUUGGGUAGUAACAGACAAGAGAAAUCGCAAAGCCAUGGCCCCCUUCCUCUGCUCAGGUGCUCAGGUGAAUCCUUCCUUCAAGCCAUAUUCAACAUACCCCAUAAAAUCAAAUGUCCAGUAAUGGGCAUCCAGCUCCCCAGAAUGGGAUUCACUUUGCAGCUGGAGAGACAGUGGUGAUACAUGUGCCCUGCAAAGAACAUGUUUUAUAAAACACAGAACAGUAAGGAAAAGUGCAUGCUGGGAGAGACAGUGGGAAGGGCCAACAAAGCAAACCAUUUAGGCUCCUCCUUAGGGGUUUCACGGGGCUGGAAGGAACACCUACACCUGUAUGAUGACCUUCACUCUCGUGUGAGAUUGUGAGGAGGGUGUGUGGAGUGUGUGCGUGGGCUGGGGAGGGGACGGCAGGAACUAACUGGCAGCUUGCAGAACGAAGGGCGUACAUUGCAGGGAGUGUAUUUUCUGUAUCCUACGUCAGGACGGCUGAUGUGAUUUAGGAUCCAUGACCUCUUCUGGGUGCAAGAGGCUUUCUAGUCCCUCCUUACUCCCAGCGUACUCCAGAACCGGUAUCACCUGGCUGCUUGGUAGAAACGCAAGACCCCACCUGCUAAAUCAGAAUCUCUGGGGGUGGGGCCCAGUCAUGUGGGUUUUAACAAGUUCUCCAGGCCAUUUUUUUCUGCAGGAGAAAGUGAGAGACAGGUCUAGGACCUGGAACUGUUGGGCCAGGGGCAUUGGGAUGAUUCAGGGGCAUUUGCAUUCAGGUGUGAGUUGGCGAAUCUGAGAUUUCCCCAGUUAAUAACCAGCAAUGACGAAUUCGCAGGCUCUGAGACCGGCCUCCGGGAUUGGAACUGGUCUUUAUUUUGAGAGGAGAUCAAGUGGAUCACCUGGGCCUGGGGCCCUCAGUCAUUGGGUGUUCGUCCUCUUAGGAAUGUCCCUGGGGGGCUGUGGUUCCUCUUUAAAGUGUGGGGCAACAGGGGGAGGGGGCGGUGCUAUGCCCUUGUAGUCCUGUGAUGGCGUGUUGCAUGUGCUCUCUUGAGCUGUAAAUAAAGAG